AUGAAUCUGGAUGUGAGCAGUAAUUGGCUGAAAUGGGAUUUGACACUGCAACAUGCAACAUCUUCCGUCCCUUCCUUCCGACUCUUGAACUCCCUCGCGUCUCUUUUCCACCCACCCACCCACACACGCGCACUCACACAUACACGAACGCCAAUGUAUCGCCGACGAUUCAAAAAGAAACAAGAGACCACCUUCCCCGAUACCAUUGAAGGCUUUGGCUAUGUCGUCAAAGAGAAUGGUGAAAUCCGCCAUAAAGAGAAAGAUGAAAAAUACGAGUUCGAGUAUAUUCCCAAGGAUCGUCCAUACAAUGAGGCUCGCUACAAUGCUUUCAUAAAUCUCGUGGGCGAUCUGGUCGAGCAAGAACUACAAAGCGCGCCACUCAACUUCCAAAAGACCAUCAUCCCAGUGAACGCCAAUCCAUCAACCGAACCACACACCUACAUUUAUAUGACACCGAAUGCAAUGACAACAUCCGACAAGCUUUUAUGCUUGAUUCCUGGCAACAAUACUCGUAUUGGACAAUGGACAAAGCGCGUCAUGUGUGAUGACAACAUCAAUUCCGGAUCCAUGGUGGAUGUAUCGCUUCAAGCGCUUAAAAAAGGAUACGAGGUGAUGAUAUUGAAUCCCAAUGGUAUCUAUUGGUACGAUAACCGAGCUCGGGAAGCACCUCCUUUGACACACAUGAACUUUUCCAUGGUCCCUGAAAAUGAAGGACCCGAGGCACAUUGUCUUUAUGUUUUCCAACACUUUAUUAGCAAAUGCAAUGCAGCACGUAUAGCGAUGUUUACUCUUGGAUGGGGAGGUCAUACCUUGACUGAACUUUUGAAUCAUGAUGGUGACUUUUUCAAAAAGCGUGUACGGGCAGUGGCCAUGGCAGAUAGUACUCACUCGAGUGACCUUCUCAAGGGGGAUGACAAGCGUGCAUGGAUGCGGAACCAUGUGGUGAAUUGGGCAGUGUCAUCCGAACCAAGAGGUCAGCCAAUAACCGAUAAUCGAUUUGGUUGUGAUUGUCUAUCAUCAGAGCUCGAGAUUUCAGAUUAUACGUUGCCGACAUGCCUUGAUGCAAUGUGGAAGUUUAUUGAUAUCCAAAUGGGGGACGCUGAACCAGAAGAAGUGGAUGAUGAAAUCACACGACCAGAGCUAUUGGAUGAACAAGAAGCUGAAUUAGAGGAGCACCUUAAUGUUGUGAGCAUCGGCUAG